AUGGAUGGAUAUUUCCCCUUCACGACCUUCUGGGUCAUUUUCACGGUCAUCACAGCUGUGUUCGGCUUCCUAGUCAUCGGUGUCUGCUUCUGGUUCGGUCUCCGUAGCCGCCGUAGGGCAAGCGAGCACUCCAAAGUCAUUGGAGUACACAUCACGCCAGGCGAGGUCAUCUCUCCACUCACAACCGGUCCACAUCUCCAAUAUCGGCCCGAUACGGUUCUGCCGACCUACACCACGACGACUAUCGCUGGUGCAUCCUUGUUCCCUGGCGAAGAGUUGGUGCUUGUCCCUCGAAGUGCACUGCAGCAUCACAGCAACAUCCAGGUGAUACCACUACCAUUACCAGCUCAACAACGCCAGUAUCCUUAUCCACAGCCAAACCCGUCCGUGCUUAAAAAUCCAUUGACGAACACACGGCAGACGACGAGUAUGGAGGCUAUCCGCGAGUCGUCAGGCGCCUAUCUUGCUCGGCCUGAUUUGUCGCCUCAGCAGCAACAGCAGCAGCAGCAUUCAAGAGAGGCAGCACUGAGAGAAGGAGGAGGAGACGCCACAGAAUUGAGCGAGGCCGCGGCUACAAACAAAUCUUCAUAA